AUGGUCCCGAGCGCCGUACAGUCGGAACCCUCGAUGGAGGACCGGCAAUCUGGCGUGGACCGCCUCCAGACCAACUUUGAGAGCUCCUCCGAUACCCUUACACUUCUGCGCAGCUUGCCCGAGCCGCCAAUCGAGUCGCAGGUAUGCGUUAUUGGUGCUGGCCCGGCAGGCCUCAUGCUUGCAGCCAACCUGGGGCGCAUGGGCGUCAAGGUCGAAGUUGUUGAUGAAAGAGCUGAUCAGACGCCUGUGGGCAGGGCAGACGGACUGCAACCUAAGACGAUCGAGACAUUUCGACAGAUGCGCCUCGCGGACCCCCUGCUGAAGCGCGGCGUUCGAGUUUAUGACAUCUCUUUCUGGAGGAGUACCGCCGAGGAGCCGCUGCACAGGCUAGGUCGCGAGGUGCACUACCCGCCCGUCAUCGAUGUCCUGGACCCGUACAUUUUGUUGGUGCACCAAGGCAUGGUGGAGAGCCUCUUCAUUGACGACCUGAAGAAACGCGGCGUCGAGGUGCGGAGGAACACGGCUUUUGAGUCGUUCAGUGUCCCGGAGAACAAGGCUGGGCCCUUGCAAGUGAAUUGCAAGGCCAACGUUACCCAGGACCGGAGGACGAUAUUGACACAGUACCUCGUCGGCUGCGAUGGUGCGCACUCCAAGGUCCGCAAGAGCAUCCCCGAGGCGAAGGCCAUCGGACUUUCGCAGGCCGCCAUCUGGGGUGUGCUCGACGGCGAGCUGAUCACCGACUUUCCCGAUAUUUGGUCCAAGACUCUUGUCUACUCCCAGGAGCAUGGAUCCAUCCUCAUCAUUCCUCGCGAACGCAACAUGACGCGAUUCUACAUUGAGUUGAAGUCUGCUGGUGCAAAGGUCGAUAGACAGCAGCUGGGCCAAGAGUUUGUCAUGCGCCGCGCGAAGCAGAUCAUGGCGCCUUACAACGUCGAUUGGAAAUACAUCGAGUGGUUCGGACGCUACCAGAUUGGCCAGCGUGUCGCCAGCCGUUUCUGCGACUCGCACCUGCGCGCUUUCCUCGCCGGCGACGCCUCGCACACUCACUCGCCCAAGGCCGCUCAAGGCAUGAACACGUCCAUGCACGACUCAUGGAACCUUGCCUGGAAGCUCAACCUCGCAGUAAGGGGCCUUGCCAAGCCCUGCCUACUCGAGAGCUAUGAAGAGGAGAGGAGGAAGAUUGCUCUUGACCUCGUCAACUUUGACUACGAGCACGCCAAUCGCAUCGCCGGUGGUGACGCUGUUGCUCUGUCCGAGAACUUCAAGACCAACGUGCGUUUCAUCUCAGGCGUCGGCGCUGAGUACGCCGAGAGCCCUCUCAACCAGACGGAACCCCAGGGUAUGCUCAUGGGUGACGCCCGGCCCGGUUGCCUGCUGCCACCGGCCAAGGUGACGCGCUACAUUGACUCGAACCCCGUCGACAUUCAGCUCGACAUUCCCAUGAUGGGCCAGUUCAGAAUCUACCUCCUUAUGUGGGACAUCCAAGCAUCUAACCCGUUCCUGGAGACCUUCUGCCAGGCCAUCGCCUCGACAAACUCGUUCAUCAGCAAACUGUCCGCCGCCGCCAGCGCCUCGUACGCGGCGCAACCCCGUCUGCCCUCCUCGGAAGACAUCUACUCGCGGCCGGAGCGUUACACUGCCGUCAGCCACCUCUUCACCUUUGCCCUCAUCAAGCAGGAUACACGCGGCUCACUGUGCACGAACAAGUGGCUUGGCAGUCUCGGCCCCGGCGAGGUCGCCAUUGUCAACGUUCGGCCCGAUGGCUACGUCGGCUCCGUCGGAAGGUGGGACUCGAGUGUUGACGACUCGGGUGUCGAGGCGGCCAGGUGGCUGGACAGAUAUUACGACGCAUUCUUGCAGCUGCCUAACGGCGGCGGGGCGGCAACAAGGUCGCCUUCUGCAUCUGCGGCGGGAACGACGCCCAUGGCGACCGAGUAG